UAGUAAACUAACCGAUCAUACAGCGUCUGACAGUCAUCAAGGGGUUAUGCAUGUUUUGUUUACAGCCUGAGAACUAUAGUCGCUCAAAAAGGAUACUCGCCUUUCCUCGUUUUUUUCUACGAUUAACAUUUCGCCUUUCGGUGAUGUCAUUUCUUAUUCAAUUUAGCCUUGAAAGCCUCGAAGAACUAGCUCGCUAGGCUAGCUGCCUUGCUAGCCUGCUAGCGGUAGGUCUACAAGAAUUUUUGCACAGAAGCACUUUAUGUCCUAUGUGAUUCCCGAGACAGGAGAAUCAGAAAAGGGAACAGUAGUUCAUGGAAGACAAGAAAAAGAAGAAAGAAGAUAAAAAGAAAAGGGAAACCUCUCAGAAGGUGCCAGAACAGAAAAUCAAAGUGCCAGAAUCAGCCAAGCCCUCGUCCUCCCAGCCGCUCGCCACCCCAGGCUCAGUGUCCCCCAGCCCUGGCCCUGUCGCCCCCUCAUCCCCCAGUCCUGGUGCAGCCGGGGUUUGUGCACAAGUUCCUCCUGGUGGCGGGAACAAUGCAAAGCAGCGGACUGCUGUGGCCAACGGACAGCCCUCCUCCUCCUCUUCCCCCUCUGGAAGCCAGACCUCCCAGCAGCAGCGAUACAUGUCCAGAGAGGUUCCACCGAGAUUUCGCUGCCAGCAGGACCAUAAAGUGCUACUGAAGAGGGGCCAGCCACCGCUGUCCUCCAUGCUGCUGGGGGGAGGCGGAGGGGAAGGGGGCGCAGGAGGAGUUGGAGGAGGGAGUGGCUGGGCAGCCGCCCCAUCUCUUUCCUCACAGGGAGGAGAUAGCCCCAAUGCAAACACAGCUGGAGGCACAGAUUCCAACCUGGGUUCAUCCUCCGCUUCACCCCCAAACUCCUCUUCAUCCUCAUUAUGUGUCGCUGCUCUGUCGUCUUCUUCUACUACUACUACUUCAACUUAUGCAAAUUCCACAUGGGGGGCAGGCUCUGGCAGCCAGUCCUCUUCUCAGGGCUGCGGGAAGGUGAUUGUGGAUGGGACUGACCUGGGGGAUUGGCCUAGCAUCCUAGGAGGGGCCAAAUCGAGCUCUGACGGGGCUGGAGGAGGAGGAGGAGGAGGAUCGCAGGAGCAAGACUGCCCUGGUAACAACAACAACAGUAGUGCCUCAUGGAGUGAGAGAAACAUCCAGCAGAAAGGAGGAGCAGUAGGAGGAGGAGCAGGGAACAUGGACAAUCCUUCCUCACCUCGUUCUUCUCCUCUUUCCUCCUCUUCCUCGCUUAAUGAAUGUGUUCAGUCAAGUGGCAGCGCAUGGGGCUCAUCCUCCUCCUCUCAGGUGGAGGCGGGGCUAGGAUCAGCAGCAUUUUACAAUUCCAAAGUCUCCCAUCUUCUUCCUGGGCCUCAGGAGAGCCCUGUGGGUGGCAGCAGCAGCAGCAGCAGUGUCUCUGGUGCCAACUUCAACCCCAACGUGAACCCCUCCGCCUGGCCCGCCCUGGUGCAGGGUGGGACGUCAACUACGGCCAGCGAAGGCCUUCCGCUACACUCGUCCAUCACUUCAGCUUCCUCGUUCUCUGCCAGCACCACACCCAUCACCACUCACUCUCUUUCAUCUGUGAAUCAAACUGGUCUCCAUCAGCAGCACACUGAGACAGCUGUGGGAGAACAGCAGCAGCACUUAGGAAACGUAGGGCCAGAGAUGGGUUCAGGUGGGGGAGCAAGAGGACCAAAUCAAGAAGGCGGUGAUGAGAGGGACUGUGCUAGUGUUGAAGGAGAAGGGAGCGGCAAUCUUUCCGUCUCUUCGUCUUCCUCCUCUGCCGCCUCUUCUUCUUGGAGAUCCAUGCCUCCAGUGUCGGCUGACCUGUGUGCGGGUGCCUCACAGGCAGACGGGUGGGGUGGGGGAGAGACCGGAGCUCAGGGGCAGGAAGGGAAUGUGUGGGGAUUUGGAAGCCAGGGUGACAAGGCUGGGUGGGUUAGGGGAAAUGAUGGUAGCUCAAAUACCCCAGUGGUAUCUCAGGGAGCGUGGGAAGGAGGCAGUUCAGAAGCAGAGUGGGGUGGCACAGCGGGAGGUGUAAGUUCGAGUAACUUAGCAAUAGGAAGUGGAAGAGGAGGAGAUGGGAGCAGCAACAGCAGCAGCAGUGGAGGCAGUGGAGGUAUUGGCGGCAGCGUCUUACAGGACUCUGCCUCACCAAAGUUUGCAACUAUGACAAAAGCUUGGGACAAUCAGAAAGGGAUGGAAAGUGGGGAUGGGGCAGUUGGUGAGUGGGGUGCAGGAGGAGGAGGGCAGGGUGGAGGCACUGGAGGUGGGGCACCUUCAUCCUCUAGUGGGGGAGGGUCCAUAGCUGGAAGUGGCGGAGGAGGAAGUGACAGCGGACAUAAGCAGAAGCGAGCAUCAUCCGGAAACCAACCAUCGUCCGACCAGACCUCCAAUGCUGAUGUGGCCUUACUCAGCAUGCUCAAUCGAUCUGACCUGGAUCCCAGGGUUCUGUCUAACACGGGCUGGGGGCAGACCCAGAUUCGACAGAACGUGGCGUGGGACCUGGACGCAACAACAGGAGCAAGAAACAGGAAUGAAAGAAGCACUUCAUCUUCCUCUGCAUUCUCAUCAGCAACCAUGAACACUACCACUAGUCGCGGUCCUGGGUACCCAUCUAACAGCGGUUCAAUAACUAAUGAUCCAUCUGCUGGCAGUCACACGAGCAGCCUGAACUCUGGCCCUGUUACAGCGAGGGAUGGCUGGGAUGGUGGUGCAUCACAGUCCACCUGUGGGCCUCACAUGCCUGGUAGGAAGCCAGGAGCGCCAGAAGAGGAUAUGGAGAGCAACCAGGGGAAGGCAGCUGGAGGCUGGGGUGACCACCCACCUGAAAACCCAGGCAAAGCAUGGGGGAGUGAAGAAAAAAAAUGGGGUGAUCACAGAGGAGGAAACUGGAGAAACUUUGGAGAACAGGGUAGUGGGUGGGGAGAUGGUGCAGAUGAUAAAGGGACAGGGGGAUGGAAGGGGAGUGGAAGAGGGGAGGCAGGUGGUUGGGGAGGAGACUGGGGACAGAGAGACUCUAUACCUGGAGACGGGCGAAGCAGAGGUAACUUGGAUGAGAAGGGAUCUUCCUGGGGUAAUUUGGAUGAAGGGGGAUCUCAGCGAUGGGGAGGGGGAGAUGUGGGUGGAGGCAAAUCCCACCAGGACUGGGGGACUUCCAAGCCCCACACAGCAGCAGCACAGAUACCAAACAGCCAAGUGGCACCAAUGAAAGCCCCAAAUCAACAGCAGCACCAAUCACAGGGCCAGCAGCCACAAGGAGGUCCCGUUCAAGGAGGGUGGAACAGCCGGUCCAACGUUGGAGGUGGAGGUCCACCAUCCAAGAAUCAGAACCAAAGUUCGGGCUGGACCUCUGGCCCGAUCCCCCAAAUCUCUGGGGGCGGGGGUGACUCCCUGGAGCCCAGUGGCUGGGAAGAACCCUCCCCUCAGUCCAUCAGUCGCAAAAUGGAAAUCGAUGAUGGCACUUCGGCCUGGGGAGACCCAACGCGCCACAAAAGCAAGAAUGUGAAUUUGUGGGACAAAAACAGUGUUACACCUGGCCAAAGCCACAGUCAGCAGGCCCCACCACCAUCCAUCCAACAACCACCAAGAAGGCAGCAGGGGAUGCAACACAGCAGGGACACAAACCCUGGCAAUGCUGCAGUGGGUCCAGGCAUGUGGGGAGGAGGUGCACAAUCUGUGGAUAAUGGUACGGCUGCCUGGGGCCAGUCACCAGAUGCAGCAACAGGUUGGGGUGAUCAAGAUGAACCGGCGAAAGCAUCUGGCUGGGGCAACCCUUCACACAACCCUGGUAAAUCUGGCUCCAAGUCAAUGGAGAGCUGGGGUGGGAAGGGAGAGGGCUCUGUUGCAGCCUCCCGUCACCCCAGCUGGGAUGAGGAUGAUGACGGUGGUGGAGGGGUCUGGAACAGCACUGGCUCCCAGGGAAGCAGCUCCUCCUUCAACUCUGGAGGCUGGGGUCAGACUCAUGGAGGAAAGAGAGGAAACAUCAAGAGUGGAGGAGGGGACAGCUGGAUGAACCCAGUGUCGCGCCAGUUUUCAAACAUGGGUCUUCUGGGUGAUGACCCAAGUCUUGACAAAAAGAUGGAAGGAGACAAAAGAGGAAUAACUGACUAUAAUGGAGAGAUGCGGAGGGGAGGAAGAGGUGGAGGUUACCGCAUGCCUAGUUCCAAAGACAUGGGUCCUGUUGACAUGGGGCCCUAUGGUGAAAAGAUGGGUGGCCAUGGGGUGUUUGUUGGCAGUGGCGGAGGGAUGCCUCAGCCUCGGGGGAUGCACCAGCCUGGCAUGCAUCCAAUGAACCCCUCCCAGGGGUUACGUGCUCAAGUGCCUCAUCAGUUCCUGUCUGCUCAGGUGCCGGGUCCUAUGCUGAAGCAGAUGCCCUCUCCUGGUGGCAGCGUGGGUGGAGUGGUUGGAGGAGUAGGAGGUGUUGGUGGCGUCGGAAGUGUCGGUGGGGUCGGCGGGGUCGGUGGUGUUGGCGGAGGAGUGUUCCCUCCUCAGAUUUCCCCACAGCAGCUUGCUAUGCUCAGCAACAUUUACCCCCACAUGCAGCAGUUUCAUCUGGCUUGUCAACUCCUGCUCCAACAGCAGCAACAGCAGCAGCAACAACAGCAGCUCCUGCAGAACCAGAGGAAGUUCCCUCAGCCUCAGCCGCUCAGACAGCAGCCAGACCCACAGCAGCUGGCAAGGAUUAUGGCUAUUCUGCAGCAGCAGAGACAGCAUCAGCAGGGUGGAGUUGGAGGAGCAGCAGGAGGAGGGAGCUCCAAACUGUCCCCCUCUCACCUGGGAGGAGGCCUAUCCAAACAGCCCAUGGUGGACCCCCUUCCACAUCCUGGAAUGGGGGGACCCUUAUCAGACCUUCAUGCCAAAACACAAGGGAUGUACUCUGGUCUUGCCCCUGGUGGUAACCUGUCAGGACUGGAGCUCAGUCCCAUGAUGGGAGGGAUGAAGGACACAGGAGGACAGCAAUCCCGCUUCAAAUGGAUGAUGGAGGGACACUCCCCCGCUCCAUCUCCCCCUGACACAGCCCUUCACAAGAAUGGCCCUUUACCCAGUGCUAUAAAGGUUAGAGGAGGAUCCCCUUACUCCCAGUAUGAAAUGCUGGGCAGUGAUGGUUUGGGGAUCCCUCCUCAAGGCUCUGCAGACAACUGGCACCGGACCCCUGGGAGUAAAAUGGGGAACAAACCUGCCACAUCCAGCUGGCCUCCAGAGUUCCAGCCCGGUGUGCCCUGGAAGGGAAUCCAGAGCAGUGGAGACCCAGAGUCUGACCCCUACAUGACCCCUGGUAGUGUUCUUGGCUCCCCAGGACCCCCGAGCCUCAGCGACUCUGACCACCAGUUACUGCGAGACAACAUAGGGCCAAACCCCUCCCUCAACACCUCGCUGCCUUCACCAGGUGCCUGGCCCUACAGUGCCUCAGACAGCCCCCUCAGCAAUGCACACAGCACAGGAAAGUACUCGGAGUACAAGCCCAGCUGGCCCCCAGAGCCCAUCGGACAAAACAAGUUGUGGAAGACCAAUCGCAACAGCUCACAGCUGCCGCGCCCCCCUCCAGGCUUAACCAAUCAGAAGCAGGCCUCGCCCUCCCCCUGGGGUAGCGGAGGCCCACGGUUGGCCCGGAGCUGGGGAGGGGGCGGGAUGAAUCAAGAGUCAAGAUUUGGGCCAGGCUCAGCUUGGAGUGAUGGCGUUGCCUCCAGAGGCAGCUGCUGGUUGCUGCUGAGCAACCUGACCCCUCAGAUUGAUGGCUCCACGCUGAGAACUAUCUGCAUGCAGCAUGGACCCCUGCUGACCUUCCACCUUGGCCUGACCCAGGGCAGCGCUCUGAUUCGCUACAGCAGCCGGCAGGAAGCAGCCAAGGCCCAGGGUGCACUGCACAUGUGUGUUCUGGGCAACACCACAAUCCUGGCGGAGUUCGUGAGUGAGGAAGAAGUUGCUCGCUAUUUUGCACAUUCCCAGGCCGGAGGGGCAGAGGGGGCCAGCUCAGGAGGGUCAGCAGCCAGUGGGACGCAGGGUUCAUCUGCAGCAGGCACAGCUGUGGCCAGCAGUGGAGGUAGCUCCCCGGGGAAUGAGCGGGCAGCGGCGGGCACAACUUCAGGCGGAAAUGGAAACAGCGGAGGAGGUGGAGGUGGAGGAGGAGGAGGAGGUGGUGAAAGUGGAACGGCGGUUCUAGGUAGUGUGAGGUCCUCCGGCUCUGCCUGGCAGAGUCUCGAUGGUACAGGCAGUUCUUCAGAAGUGCCCUCAGCCCAAGGACCCGGGCUGGGGAUAUUUUCCCAGUGGAGCACCAACGGGGCAGGAGAGGGAGCAGGUGUCGGGGGAGUAGACUCUGGGAGGUCUGGGCUCUGGGGGGGCAUGACUGCGGGAUACCCCAGCAGCAGCCUGUGGGGAGCACCGCAAAUGGAGGAAAGGCACCAAAUGGACAGCCCUGCCGCAUUGUUGCCUGGCGACCUGCUGGGGGGAGGCGCUGACUCCAUCUGAGCCCCCUCCAUUUGUAUGUGUAGAUUUGGACACACUGAUACAAAAAUACACUGGGAUACAUAUGUACUUACUAUAGCACACACACACACACAAACACAUCUACAUGGUAUGCAUAUAAAUGUAAUACACAUAUACACACAUGUGCAUCCAUGCAUAUUAAUGUGCACACACAUCAAGCAGAAAUGUGAGACAUGCUUACACACAUUCUCGUGGCCAGACUUAAGCUAUUAUAUAAACAAAUGCAGGGACUGUUAGAUGUGUAUACAGCCUUUUUCCACAGAUGAAGAUUUCAACUGCUUAGACUUGAAACCUGAAAAAGAAUGAAAAGUCAGUUGGUCUCAAAGACUUGACUGGAUUGCAAUGUGCUUAGUAAAUAGGGGACUUUUCAACAGAUUUACAUACACAUGCACACACCAAAUACAGACAAGCCUUCAGACAGAUGGGCACUGUAAACAGCAUUACCUUCAUCGUAUAAGAGAACUUAAACUACUACAUGAUGUGAGGUUAAAGUGCAGUUUGUAUUCACGUCCCCUUAAAAAACGGAGACCGAAUCCAAACACAUGCAAACAGCUCUGAUUGAAAACAGAACUGUAUCUUACUGUGUAUGUUAAGUUUGUUUUUUUCUGUUUGUUUGUAUGUAUGGUUUUAAUUUUUUGAACAGUGAAAAUAUUGAAAAAUGUCAUUGUUCUGUUUUCAAAAAUGCUGACCUCCUACUGUUGUAUCUCACGCACUCUUUCUCUGUUAUUCUCUCUUGAACAUGUUUGUUACUGUUGCAGUGAUAAAUGUUAAAUUGCUGGCAGUUUGAGGCUACGUUGCAUUUCUCCAUGUGUCGACACUGUGCGAGGUGUUGUACACACUAUAUGGACAUGAGUAUGAGUGAGACUGAGACCAAGUAAGUGGAUUAAACCACCACAGUUGUUGUGUGUGUGUGUGUGUGUGAGUGUGAGGAUAAUGUGUGUGUGCAUGUUACUGCCUGUCAUAAUGUGGGCAAGGCUGCUUACUAUACAGAAGGUCUAUACAAAAAUGUUUUGAGUGCAUUCGGUAUACUGCUGACUGUGUGUUAAGAAAUAUUGGCACUAAUGCUUUUUUUCUCUCAUUUGAAGUUGUUUUUUUUUUUUAGCAGACUUGUCUUUUUUAUUGUCCGACCUGCAAUAAUAAAAAAGAACAUUUUAAUGACACAAAGAGCUGAAGGCAUAUGCGUGGAGAAAAUGGACAUGCCAAAUCUUAUCAAACUGUGUGGAGUGGGAGGGAGGGGUGGGACGGGUUGUUUACAGAUGCAGAGUAAGAGUUACCGUACGUUUUUAAUGUUCUGUUGUUGUGUAUUCGUUUUAAAUUAAGACAGGCUUUAACACUCCUGUUCAGUGUUUUCGUUAUGAGAUUUUACAAAGGAAAAAUUUAUUUAAACAAAUGAGAACAAGAUUAAUAAAGAUGAAAGUAUUGGCUUCUAAA